GUAAGAGAUCCCUGGUAACUCAUUUCAUAUCUUGAUUAUAAAUCGUAGCUAGCCUCCACUAAUUUGAAGAUUAUGGUGGAUUCAUACUGAAGGUUUACAUACCGGAAAAAAAUGAAAAGAAAGAAUACAGCAUAUAGGGCUUGGAUUCAAAGACUUUGUUUUGGUCCCUACAAUUAUCAGCAGCUACAGGAAAUCAUAUCAAGUCGUUUGAAAGGACUUGAUGUGUUUGAAAAGCCAGCGGUAGAAUUUGCUUCAAGAAAGGUAGCUUCUAUUUCAGGGGAUGCACACCGUGCUUUAGAGAUAUGCAGACGAGCAGCAGAAAUAGCAUAUUAUCAUGUGAAGACUCAAAUGUCAACUGUGAAUUCUUCUAAAGGGAAAGAAAUUGUUACUAUGGCUGAUGUUGAUGCGGCCAUUCAGGAAAUGUUCCAGGUACCUCACAUCCAAGUAAUGAAAAAUUGUUCCAAACUGAGCAAAAUCUUCUUAACUGCAAUGGUGUAUGAACUCUAUAAGACAGGGAUGGGGGAAACAACAUUUGAAAAGCUGGCAAUGACUGUUUCAUGUCUCUGCACAAGCAAUGAAGAGGCAUUUCCUGGUUGGGACACACUUCUGAAAGUUGGCUGCCAGCUCGGAGAAUGCAGAAUUAUUCUGUGUGAACCAGGAGAUAGACACAGGUUGCAGAAGCUGCAGCUCAAUUUCCCCAGUGAUGAUGUUGCUUUUGCACUGAAAGAUAGCAAGGAUCUGCCAUGGUUGGCCGAGUAUUUAUGAUCAAUUGAAGCCUUAUUACAUUCAUUUCUUAAUUUAUCUGUAUUUCAAUCUCAGCCAUGUUGUAAUUUCAAUCUUUCGAAGAGUAGGUUGUUCCACUAUGAACAUUAUGCUCUUAAUGUGGGAGUUCUUUUUGAAACAUUAAU